AUGAUUUGUGAUAUAAUUAAUAUAGCACUCCGUACACCUCCUUAAAAAGAACGAAUUUCUUUUCCUAAUACUACAGCUUCUCCUAUUAGUUCUAGCGAUUCAUCAGUGGAAUCAAAAUAAAUCUCUAAACUACCAAUUCCCAGACCUUUAUUAAGUCAAGAUGAAAAAUUUGAAGCAUCAUUGUGCUCUUUUGGUAUCUUAUAGUAAUUAUGAGACUUUAAAUUAUUGAUGCCUGAUGAAGGAAGCAUUUUCAAUUAAAAGUUACUUACUUAAGAACUAAUUGAAAUGAGAUUUAUAUUAGAUCAAGAUGAAAGGUAAAUUUAUUCAAAACUACAACCUUUCUAUUAAAGCUUAGACAUUUAAGAGCAAGAUGUACUUCUUUGUUCCUUAUAGUAGAUACUAAAUGAUGAUAGAACUACUUUAAUGCUUAAGAAUAUUCCUAAAUACAUGAGACCAAGUGAUCUGCGGAAUCUCUUGAACAAAGACUUCAGAUCUUAAUUUGAUUUUCUCUAUUUGCCAUCCGAUAAUAAUGUAAAUAGACAAUUCUAUACUUAGAAAGAAGGAAACUUAGGUUAUGCUUUUGUCAAUUUUCUUUACCCAGAAACAGUAUUAAAUUUUUUUAAGAAAUACAAUAAUAAUAAAUGGAGUAUAAAUGAUAAAGUAGACAAAGAUAUUUAUUAUAAAAGCAAAUCUGCCAAUUGAAGUAUGCAAAAUUACAAGGAAGAAGAGAGCUUAUGAACUAAUUAGAUGAAUGACUCCAUUUUCUUUGGAAAUUUUGAUGAUUUUUUGUUUUUUUUCAAAUUUUGAGAG